AUCACGGAGGACGUAAAAAGUGCAUCUCCGAAAGAACGACGGAAUUUUUAGUGAUUUUGGAAAAACACCAUACAGUUUUAGCAGUGAAACGGACUGACGGCCCAGCAGUUUUCGACCAUCUUACCAGCUACAGGGAAACCAGGAUUAUUGCACCAUAACCACCAGCAGCACGGAGAAAACCCGACAAACAGAAUGUCUCGCGUGCAGGUGCUAUACGACUUUGCUGGUGAGCCUAAUUCGGCGGAAAUAACCAUCACCGUUGGGGAAAUUCUGACCGUCACGAACACUGAGGUAGGUGAGGGCUGGUGGGAAGGUACAAAUUCCCGCGGUCAGCGGGGCCUAUUUCCGGCCGCCUACGUGGAAGUGUUAGCCAACAAUGCAGGACCACCGAAGAUGCCUCCGCCGCCGCUAGUGGCGGCGCCGGUUGCCAAACAGCAACAGCCGCAGCAACAACCACCGCCAGGACCAAGAUAUGACCAGACGGCAGACGACUGGGGAGACCAACAGGACGACUGGGAAGACGAUUGGGACGAUGAUAAUGAUACGUAUUCAGAGAUUGGACCCGGUAAUACUGGAGGAGGAGGAGGGGGCGGACAUGCAGGUGUAACGAAUGUUAACAAUAAUCAGAAUGGAAACUUUCAGAGCAGUAAUUAUUAUGCCAAUGCCAACUUGCCGGCACUUCCCGCAGGAGCUCACGAUGGAGACUCGGUGUCUUUGGCUUCGACGGUAGUGGGCGGAACGAGAAGAACAACCUCAUCAACGAAAAUAUUCAAAAGUGGUGAUGCCUAUUUGAUGGGAUUGACUGUACCCGCCGUUUCGGAAAGUGAUCGAGUGCAGAUUCUUCAAACAGAAGGCGGAAUCAUUUGGAAGCCGAUGCGAGACAGUUACACCGUUACAGUCGACUCUCCGAAAAAGGAGAAAAAAUUCAAUGGCCUUAAGAGCUUUAUCGCUUAUCAGUUGACGCCUUCGUUCAACAACGUUGCAGUAUCUCGACGAUAUAAACACUUUGACUGGUUGCAUGAACGUUUAGUGGAAAAGUUUUGUUUAAUUCCGAUCCCGCCCCUGCCGGAUAAGCAAAUUUCCGGCCGGUACGAUGAAGAAUUCGUUGAACAUCGUCGUGUACAACUGCAGGAAUUCGUUGACUGGAUGUGUCGACAUCCGGUACUCUCAACUUGUGCCGUUUGGAUGCAUUUCCUGACGUGUACCGACGAGAAAAAGUGGAAAACAGGAAAACGAUCGGCCGAAAAAGAUCCACUAGUGGGAACGACGUUCUGUGCUGCCAUAUUUCCUCCGGACAAAACUUUGCUACACUCACAGGUUGAGCCGCAGGUGGACUCUUGCACACUGUUCGUGCCUCAAAUGAAUACGGCUGUCAAAACGCUAGCACAAAUUUGCACCGAUGAGACGAAGAAAUUUCAACUUCAGUGGAAGCAGGACUAUCAGCGAAUUGGUGAAGGUUUGUCGGAGCUGGCCCGUGCCUUGGACAUCGAUGAACGCCGCCAGGUUAGUCAGGUUAGCCUUUCGAGUUCGGUUGGACAGGCAGCGGGUAUUUUCAUUAACAUUGGGCAAAUGUUUGCCGACCAACCGAAGCACGAUUUCAUUCCGUUCUCGGACCGGUUGCACAUAUACCGAGGUUUGCUGAAUAGCUAUCCGGAUUCACUCAGCGAGUACAGAAAUGCGGUCCAAAAGCGAAAAGAUUGCGAGAAGCUGACCGCGGAACAGAAGAUGGAAAACAGUCAGCUGGCUGAAGUGAACCGACGCGUGGACGUGAUGUCAUACGCGCUGUUGGCGGAAAUGGCACACUUCCGCCAGGAACGGGACACCCAUCUGAAGGAUACGAUCGGUAAUUUCAUAGGAGCGCAGAUCGAGUUUUACAAGAACAUUGUCCGCCGAUUGGAACAGGCGCAGUCGCACUUCUAGAAGGUUAGGCCAAAACAGCUAGCAGCGAGCUAGUAACCGCUUUCGGUUGCUUUCGAGGUUGGUUCUGUCGCUAAAUUGCUAAGUUUAAAAUUUACUCUGCCACUGUUGGUACACACUAUUGGUAUUGUACCCUUUAUUUUCUGAAAUUAGGUUUUUAUUUUAAUAAAUUGGAAAACCGCAUGUAACAAACAAACAAAAAACUUUUCAUUUGUUGUCUUGCGGAGUUUCCGACAUUUUUGCAUGGUAGAAAAAAAAACAUUCGAAAGAUGGGUUUGAUGUUGAGCAGUAAAACCUACUUUUUCUGCCAAAUUUACGUAUUGAACAUUUCUUAUACGUAUAUUACUUGUAAACUCAUGUCUUUUAUGUGUUGAUAUAAAAUGUUAGCAGUCGCCGGAUUGGUAUAAUUCGCAUUGGCAGUAUUGAUAUACACGAAUGAGGAUGUUGGAGAAAAUGUGCUGAUCGCUCUAUCUCAGUUAGCAGACAAUGUUAGUCCCGGUGUUAUUAUUUUGGAUAAUUGGACUAUUUUAUAAUAAUCUUUUCAGUCAACAGCUGCAGAUAGGAUAUUUUUGCAUUAUAUUUUGUUCAAUUUUCCGCUUUUGUGGUUAUAUUCUGGUUAAAUUUAAGUGUCAUAGAUUUUAUUAUUGAAUUUUUAAAAUUAUAAAGUAUUAUCAUUAUUACUGUUUCAUUUUUCACACAUGCUCUUCUGAUUACAAAGUUGUCAUUUGAAUCAGAAACAUCCCAUGGAUGGAAUAGGCACCCCAUUGAAGCUGGAAGUAAAUUUGUUGUAAAUUUGUCGAAUUCUUAUAAUAAAUACAUAUUAUCCGAAUUGUUAUUUCGGUCUCAACUGAGAAAGAGCCAUUAUGGAACAAAGCGUAAUACCAUCUGUAGAAUACCAUUAACUGAUGAAAAUUGAAUGAUAGCAUCACAGGAUCGUUUUGAACUCGAAGAAGCGCUCGGAAAAGAUCAGAAAAGAAACGAGAGGCGAGUAUAGGCCACGUGUGAUAAUCCCUCUAAUUGUUAAAAAAUACAUGCUAGCGAACUUUUGAUUGUGCAGGGCUGACUGUUGAGAUUUGUACACUCUUAAAUGUGUUUACCUGUAAGCUUAGCUAAAACUUGAUUCAAGUUAGGUACUCAGAAUGUCUUUGAAGUGUACAACAUGUUGAGGAGUUUUAAUUAAGUUUUAGCUACAUCAAAUCUAUUAAACGAUAAACACAUUAAAGGGUGUAGAGUUAUUCUGGAAUAGCAUCUACUGAAUCGAAAGGCUGAUGUUUCGACUGUGAAGAAACGGUCCGCCAACGGUCAUUCUAUGUUUGUUGUAGGUACUCCUCAUUCAAUCUUUUCAACUUCCCUCUAUCCAAACCCUUACAACACGCGUCUGUCAACUCAAGACAGUGAUAAAUAACACGCGCUCGCACACGCUAAUGAUAUUCGCUUACAUUUAUUAAAAAAAAUCAAAAUAAACUAAGAAGAAUGGUCUGCUCUAAGGAUUGGGGGUAAAUACACGACCCGCUAGUUACGUAAAAUAUAUUUCAUAUAUUUUUUAUACAGAAAACACACACAAGGGUAACAAUCAUUCUAGUAGCUGCACGCUGUAAAAGUGUAAUUUCAGGUACAUUUACAAAACACGCAUUCAAAAUGAAAUGGAGAUAAAAACUGAUGAUAGAUGAGUGUAUAUUCGUGAAUCGCCACAACCUACCGUUUUCGUAGAGAAACUACUACAGAAAGUAGUUAUACACAGCUCUGAACAAGCUACGUUUGGGCGCAAGCAAACCCGCUUCACUAGAAGUAAUAUUUAGAAGUUAAGCAGAAAGGCUACCAAAUGAAGAAAGUGUGCAUUGAAACUGCAAACUGUUUAUAUAUUUUGUACGCAAGAAUGGAGUUUUAAAAUGUAUAUUAUUGAAGUAUGUUUAUAUAGCUACAACAACAACAACAACAGCAAACGCAACGCAAAGUUUCAGAUGCGGCAAAAUAGCGAAAGUGCUUCUUUUCGAUCUUAUACCACAGGGAAAAUGAUGUAACGUGAAUAAAUAAAACGUUUGUU